AGCUUCUUUACGUCAAUUUUUAAUUCUUGCUCUCGAUAUAAAAAGGAAAAGUAAAAACGAGAAAGUCAUCCAGUCACACAAAAUGGCUGCCGGAGGAUCUUGGAACUCUGGAAUGGAAGGGCUGAUUCCCAUCGUAAACAGGCUGCAAGAUGCAUUUUCCAGUCUAGGUGUGUCACUCGCGCUCGAUCUGCCACAGAUUGCUGUCGUCGGAGGUCAGUCAGCGGGAAAAAGUUCGGUGCUUGAAAACUUUGUUGGAAGGGAUUUUUUACCCCGAGGUUCGGGCAUUGUCACGCGACGACCUCUUGUUUUGCAGCUAAUUAAUUCGAAUACGGAGUAUGGCGAGUUUCUCCACUGCCGAGGAAAAAAAUUCACGAAUUUUGAUGAGAUUCGUAAAGAGAUCGAAGAUGAAACUGAUCGCGUGACAGGAGCUAACAAGAACAUUUCACCUGUGCCCAUCAACCUUCGAGUAUACUCUCCACAUGUGUUGAAUCUGACAUUGAUCGACUUGCCGGGGUUAACCAAAGUUCCUGUCGGAGACCAGCCGGCUGAUAUCGAACAUCAAAUUCGAGAAAUGUUAUUUCAGUUUAUCAAGAAAGAGAACUGCCUUAUACUUGCUGUCACCUCAGCCACGCAAGAUCUCGCUACUUCAGAUGCCUUAAAAAUAGCUAAAGAAGUGGAUCCUGAUGGUAUUCGGACAAUUGGAGUGAUCACAAAAUUGGAUCUGAUGGACGAGGGUACAGACGCUAGAGAUAUUUUCGAAAAUAAACUGCUUCCUUUACGAAGAGGCUACGUUGGAGUUGUAAACCGAAGUCAAAAGGAUAUUGAGGGUCGCAAGGAUAUCAAAGUGGCCCUAGAUUCUGAGCGAAAGUUCUUCCUUACACAUCCAGGAUACAGGCAUAUGGCAGACCGCAUGGGCACCCCGUACCUGCAGCGUGUGUUGAAUCAACAGCUUACGAACCACAUCCGAGACACCUUGCCCGCCCUCAGAGACAAACUGCAAAAACAGCUUUUAACACUCGAAAAGGAGGUGGAGGAAUACAAACACUUCCGUCCAGAUGAUCCAUCACGGAAAACAAAGGCCAUGCUGCAAAUGAUCCAGCAGUUGCAAACAGACUUUGAACGGAACAUUGAGGGCAGUGGUUCAGCUGCAAUCAACACAAGCGAAUUGAGCGGAGGCGCCCGUAUUAACCGGGUUUUUCACGAACGAUUUCCCUUUGAAAUUGUUAAGAUGGAAUUCGACGAGAAGGAGCUACGCAGAGAGAUUGCUUUCGCUAUCCGCAACAUCCACGGCAUACGCGUCGGCCUUUUCACGCCUGACAAGGCCUUUGAGGCCAUCGUCAAAAGGCAGAUCGCCAAGCUGAAGGAGCCCUCGAUCAAAUGCGUCGACCUCGUUGUCCAGGUGUGUGUUCUGAUUAAUUUAUGGCUCGCCUAA